AAUAGUAUUACUAGUAUUAUUAAUAACCUUUGGGUUAGACAAACUUUGGUUAGGAUAGUUUUAGGUUAGGUUGGCGGCCUCCGGUACAUAGUCCGCACAGGCAACCAUACUUUGCGUGCCUUAUGUUACUAGAAUGAAGGUUUCAGCUCAACUGUUCGAAGAAGAAAAUAGAAUUUUUUUUAGUCUUUCAGUAAGCACAAAGCUGGUUUCUGAAAUUAUUCGCUAGUGUUCCAAAAUGCCACUAAACUCAAGAGAGCUUCUUAAUGUUGUGGCACAGCUAACAGAUGACAGACAUGUUCGUGCCACCAUGAAUGAAUCAUUGAAGGGUGGCUGUAUUGCUGCCACCACAACAGUACUUGGAGGAUUGGUGAUGGGUCCAGCUGGAUUGGCAUUUGGGGGGGUUGUUGGAGGAUGUAUAGCCGCUAUAUUAAGCAAGGACAAGUUCAAGUCAGUACCACAGAUCAUCAUGUAUGACAUGACAGACAACCAGCGUGAAAGGCUUGCUGCAUCUGUUGCUACGGUGAUCGCAGAUUUUCGUGUGGAGGACAUAGCACUGCUGGUUCCAAUGCUGCUGAACAGUCCAGGUGCCAAAGAGGCUGUUCUGAGAUCAGUCUUCACAUUUCUACAGAAUGAGAUGCAGCUACAAAUUGUGGACUGAUAGAAUGAAUAUUAAGACAUGACCAGAAUUUGUGAUACCUAAUAGUAAUAGUAUCUAAGAGUUGCUUGGGAAGAAAGAGAAAGUUCUAUGGAGCCCUAAUGUAUUGAUCAUUAUUGCUUCACGAUCCAGACAUACAGGCUGGCCAAACAGCUUAUAAAAACUAAAUAAGAGAGCUAUAUAUUUAACAGCUCAUUCUGUAUGGAAGGAAUGCUGAUCACAUGAUAUAUUUGCCAAACAUGACAUGCUAAUAGGAAACAUAGACAUGCAUGUUUUCCUUGUUUAUUUUGUAUCCCCCUUCCCCCCUUUUUAAGCUCAAGUUAAUACCUUUGUAUUAAUAGAAUAUAAAAAGGGAAUAAUUUUGACAAAAUCAAGAUAAUAUAAAAUAUAUUUCUAUUUACAGGUCUUUUUACAAAAUUUUGGCCACAUAACUUGUAUUUGUUUGUAAUCAUUCUUAUAUUUCUAUCAGUUUUCACAGUAUGAAAUUGCGUUUAACAUAAAUCUUAUUUUCACAUAAGUGGAGCAUAAGAAAUUUAGUCAGUUACGUAUCGGGCCAGACAUGAUUCUGCUUGUCCAACUUGAGAGUCUUCAUACAUUAUGAAUCAGUGGAUGCCACUGUGACAAAAAAAACUUAAAAUAUCGGAAAGAAUGGCGGCUUCUUUUGCUAAACUCACCCUUGCAGAAUGCUGAUAUAAUGAUUAAACUUAAAAGAGUAAUAGCAUAAAUUUAGGUAUGUAUCUUAAGUUUAAAAAAUAUUGAAGAUUUCUGUCUUCUGGGUUGUUGCGCUGUGUAGUCUGGUCGAUGUUAACCAACGUUUCAGAGGUCAUACUGCCUCCGUCAUCCGGGCGAUGAAUCGCCCGGAUGACAGAAAUCUUCAUACUCACCGCUGUGAGAACCUCAAGUCUUACAUUAAAAAAUAUUGUUUUACUAUGAAGUGCUUUAUGCAUUCAUAUUGACAGUGGUCUCCCAUGUGUAGAAGCCUAUAAGUAACUACUGGCAUUGAAGUCUGGUGUGAUGUAAAGUAGCUGACCAUUUAUAAUGCAACAUAUUUGUGUAAUUAGGAAAGACAGUUUUACAGACAUAGAGAAGAAGGUUUGACACGAGAAGUUAUAUAGCACUCGCAAUAACUGUUUUUAUCUCAUAUUAGAAACUUAUAGAAAAACUUUGUUUAUAUGUGUGUGCCUGCACAUAUGGUCUUUUUUUUAUUCAUAUUUGGAAAUACAAGUAUGAAAUUAUUAGCAAAAAAGAGUAAUUUGUUAAAAUAAAAUGUAUGAAGGAAUUUUUGUUAUGUAUAUAUAAAAUGGAGAAUAAUUAUACAUUUAAUAAAAGAAUUA